CAGGGCUGUUUUUUUUCUUCCGGUUUUUUUUUAUGUUUUUUCGAUAAUUUUCUCGAUACACCCACACACAUAGUUGGAUUCGCCACUUGCAAAUUAAUAAUGAACAGUUUUAUGAAAUACGACCACGGAACAUUGGCGAGUGCAUUUUUCGAAUGCACCCGUCGCACUGACGCCGAUUUUCGUAGGAGGACCUACGACCUGAGAACCGCGAUGUACAAGAGCACAUAUCAAAAAGAAUUCUAUUGGCCUAUACACGUAUCGAAGUCCAAUAAUCAUGAAGUUGAACCAGGAUUUACUUUGAUAUCAAAACUGAACGAAGACGAGUUCAAACAGUUGUAUUCUACCAAAAUUAUAUGUAGAAAGCUGAGCAAAAAUAAAGGAAUCGAACCUCCUUUGGAAUACUCAAACGGCGUCCUGCCAGAAUUCCAGGAUGAAGAGCUAACGGAUCGUGAAGUUCAUCCAAAAUCUUUGUACCAAAAAAGCUUUAUAAAUCGGAUGCCAAGUCAAGUGUAUAAAAAAGAGGAAACAUUAGAGGAGUGGAGCCAGAAAUGGAAGAACGAAUGUCACAACGUACGAGAUGCUGACGAUUUAGUGCAAGCUUUGGCCGAUCAAAUUAUCAACACACAAAAAACUAAGUUAAAUAGAAAGCGGAUUGGUGACGUUUGAUAUUGGUUAUUUACGAAUUAAAUAAAAAACAAAAAAAUAUGUUGACAGUUUUCUAGGCUUUUAUAAAUAAUCAUUAUCAACAUAAGGAAUAGAACAUAAAG